UUUUUUUUUCCAACGCGGGGGUUGGGAUUGCGCUUGCCCGCCAUGCCGGGUUUCCAAAGCAUACACUGCUGCCGCGACUUUGCGGUUGGUUGAAAGGGGACGUUGUUUCAUGCAUUCCCUUCAUAGCGCAGUCAAGUGGAAAAAGGAUUCCUUAACUUUUUCAACAUUUGGAAUAUGAAAUGGGAAAAGAACACGCAUACCCGACAUUAAUUCAAAAACAGCAUUCAAUUAGAAGGAAACUAUCCUAACAUGGAUUGUUCAUAUUAACAUUUUUAGAAGAGUUGAAGAAGUUUUGCCCAUUAUCGCUGAUCAAGUCUAUGGAAAACCCAAGUAGGGACGUCAGAGACGGAGCAGCGAUAUCGUGAAGUAUCAUCAAAAGAGUGGCUGCGGCUUCAGCGACGGGUCAGAGCGCCUGGAGGACCUGGUUGGCACCACUGGACCCGCUGGAGACACUCGUCUUGGUACGCAUUCAGCAGCAUGAGCCGCGGAGCCCAGUGAGAGCAGGCACACAGUUGGUUCUGAAGAGGGGGAGACUGAGGAAGGAGAGGAUUUGGGGGAAGAGCUGCAGGAAAUAGCAGUGGAAAUGUUUCGGAAAAAAGCUUCAUCCUCCUUGAGAAUGCGAAGAAUAUCAGAAAGCAAUAGAUGGAACAUCGACCGCGGGCGUAGCUCGUCCUUCCAUGAGGUGCGUGGUCUGCGGGAGGCUGAGAUGAGAGCGGCGGCCGAUGAGACGUCCAGCAGCAGCAGCAGCAGCAGCAACACCGUCCUGCAGCGCCUCCUACAGGAGCAGAUGCGCUAUGGCGAGGGACGCAACUACCAGCUGGCCAUGCAGCAACAGCAGGAGCAGCAACGGCAACAGCAGAGGCAGCAGGAGGGAGGGGUGAGCGGGGCCUACCUGGGCCAGGGGGGACCCAGUGACGACCGGCACGACGCCAUGGUGCCCCACAUCGCCCGGCAGGAGCCCCAGGGACAGGAACUGCAGGCAGACAGUGGGAUGGAAAAACUGGGCUCCCGCGGCGGCGGUAGCAGCGGUGGUGGGGGGAGUGGCCAGGGCCCUAACCCGGAGGACUUACCCACCUACGAGGAGGCCAAGGUGCAGUCGCAGUAUUUUCGGGGCCACACGCACCACCAGCAGCAUCAACAGCACCAACAACAACAGCAGCAUCAACAACAACAACAACAGCAGCAUCAGCAACAACAACAACAACAACAACAUCAACAACAUCAACAACAACAGCAGCAGCAUCAACAACAACAUCAACAACCGUUGCCUCCUUCGGUGGGCACAGCAUUUUACGUAACGGCCGUGGCCAAUAACGGCAAGCUGCGUACCGAGGGGCGUCCCACCGUGCAGCGCCUGAGCAGCGGGGGCAAGGUGCACCAGGACGAUGGGCUCAAGGACCUGAAGCAGGGCCACGUGCGCUCCCUCUCGGAGCGCCUCAUGCAGCUCUCACUGGCCACCAGCGGGGUGAAGGCCCACGCCCCCGUCACCAGCGCCCCCCUCUCCCCCCAGCUGCCCCCGCCAGGGGACUACUACAAGCCCUCGGGCCAGCACCGGGGCCCCCCGCCUGACUACCCCUUCAAGAACAUGGGCUCGCCUCCCAAACAGCAGCCUCAGGAGCAAGGAGGCCACUACUACCAGGAGCAUCGGCCCAGAGAGCAGGUCCGGAACGAGGUGCCACACGUCCGUUAUCAGCCUCCGCCAGAGUAUGGCUCCUUCAGGUCAAAUAAGGAUGGCUCGGUCCACUCCCAGAGGUCUGUCCAUCAUCACAGCCCCACCUCCUCCGUCACCUCAGUGGGCUCCCUGUCCCGGGCCCAGUCCUCCACCCUCAGUAGCCUCCUCAGUGCCUCCCACUCCUCCCACCCGUCCCACACACAACCCCAUCCCCAAGGGGACCCGUAUGGCCCGGCGGGCCCCCGCAGCCCUCAGGGCCCAGGGCCCCACCAGGGAGAGCCGUAUGGCCCAGGGCCUAUGCACCCUCAGCUUCAGAGGGGCCACGGCUUCUCGCACGACCCCUACGGCUCCACCUCCAGGAUGCAGCAGCAGCACCACCAGUAUCAACAUCAACAGCAACAACAACAACAACAACAACAACAGCAGCAGCAGCAGCAGCAGCAACAACAACAACAACAUCAGCACCAACAGUAUCAUUCCCAGUCCUCCCAGGGCCACCCCCCCCAGCUCUACCCCCACCCUCAGGGGGAGCCCUUUGCCAUGAUGGCUCGAGCCCAGCAGAUGGUGGACAUGCUCUCGGAGGAGAACCGGCUGCUUAAGCAGGAGAUGGAGGUGUACCGUGAGAAAGUCACCAAGCUGCAGAAGUUGGAGACUGAGAUCACGCUGGUGUCAGAGGCCUAUGAGAACUUGGCUAAGUCAUCCACUAAGAGGGAGGCUCUGGAGAAGACCAUGAGGAACAAGCUUGAGUUGGAGGUACGCAGGCUGCACGACUUCAACCGGGACCUCAGAGAGCGAAUGGAAACUGCCAACAAGCAGCUAGCUGCUAAAGAGUGUGAGGGAUCAGAGGACAACCGCAAAACCAUCUCUCAACUACUCACCCACAAUAAAGAAGCGGUACGUGAGAAGGAAAAACUGGAGAUAGAGCUGAAUGCCCUGCGCUCCACCACAGAGGACCAGAGACGACACAUCGAGAUUAGAGACCAGGCUCUCAACAAUGCCCAGGCCAAAGUAGUCAAACUAGAGGAGGAGCUGAAGAAGAAGCAGGUGUAUGUGGAGAAGGUGGAGCGCAUGCAGCAGGCCCUGGCUCAGCUCCAAGCAGCCUGCGAGAAGAGAGAGCAGCUGGAGCACCGCUUACGCACGCGGCUGGAGAGGGAGCUGGAGUCCCUGCGCAUGCAGCAGAGACAAGGCGGCUCCCAGAGCAACAACAGCGGUGGUCAGGAGUACAACGCCACAGCCCUGAUGGAGCACCUGAGAGAAAAGGAGGAGAGGAUCCUGGCCCUGGAGGCUGACAUGACCAAGUGGGAGCAGAAGUACCUGGAGGAGAGCGUGAUGAGGCAGUUUGCCCUGGACACAGCCGCCUCAGUGGCCACCCAGAGGGACACGUCCUCGGUCGUAAGCCACUCCCCCAGCAGCAGCUAUGAGCAGCAACUGUCAGUGGAGGCUCGCAUCCAGAAGGAGGAGGAGGAGAUCCUGAUGGCCAACCGCCGCUGUCUAGAUAUGGAGAGCAGGAUCAAGAACCUGCACGCACAGAUCAUUGAGAAGGACGCCAUGAUCAAGGUGCUCCACCAGCGCUCCAGGAAGGAGCCCAAGGACCGGGACACCCAGGCCACCAUGCGCCCAUCAAAGUCCCUGAUGUCCAUCGCCAACACGGGCAGCUCCGGCCUGCUCUCCCACAGCCUGGGGCUCAGCAGCUCGCCCAUCACAGAGGAGCGCAAGGACAGCAGCUGGAAGGGAAGCCUGGGAGUUCUGUUGGGUCCAGAGUUCCGUACCGACUCUCUGAGGACAGAAUCCAUCUCGUCAUCUCCCUCUCCGGUCCUGCCCCUGACAGCAGGCCACUCUAAGACCGGGAGCAGGGACAGCUGCACCCAGACAGAGAAGGGUCAGGAGGUCAGCAGCAAGCCCAGUACCCCGGCCCCACAGAGCAUGACCCUGCCCAGCCGUCUCUCCAGCCCCAGUCCCGUCUACAUACCAGACCGCAUCGCAGAUGUGCCAGUGUUCCACAGCAGUACUCUGGAGAGGCGCACAGCAUUGCAGCCCCAGACACAGCCCCCAUCAGCCUCUCAACAAGAGGUGGACAACGACAUGGUGGAGAUCCUCAUCUGAACCAGGUCACAGGAAACCAGGAUAUUGUGUGUUUGUGCCUUAGACUAGCAUAAACACCUCAUCUCUGUCUCUUUAUGGCGUCUGUUAGAGCAUGGGCAGCACCAUUUUGAAGUAGUCAGUGAUCCAUUUUGGAAGUAGUCAGUGUUCCACAGCUUGUAGGAACUGGCAGUGGACAAACUGAAAGUACUGCUGCUGGUUGUUUGAAGUACAAAGCCAAGGUUUUACUGCCACAUCCCUUAUGAUAAUUAAUUUGCUGAUCCCUCCUGAUGACUGGGAUUGGAAUUAUGGGAUCCUUUCUUGACCCCCAUGAAGCCCCACCCACAAUCCACACGACUACUUUAAAAUGGUACAAUUCCUCAAUGGAGCUGCACAUGCUGAAACAGUCUUGGGGCCAAUAGAGGCCUCUAUCCAUUUCAGUGGGUUAUGCAAAAAAACACAUUUUCACGCACACUUUCAAAAUAGGUGAAGGAUUACUUUUGUUUCUUUUUUUUCUCUGUGUUUGGUGUUUCAGUUGUCAGGUGACUGAAGGUGUGUUAAAAUGCACUAUUUUUUAAAGCUGUGUUCUAUGGUUGUGCACAGUUUGAGUGUCAUCAGAAUGAUACAUUUAUUUGUGUUUUGCUGGAGGUUAACUGCCAUCCGUGGACCAAAUGUAUUGACUACAAUUUGUUGCAUUUAUUGCACUACUUAUAUAUAUAUUUUAUUUUACAUUGAGUCUGACUUAGGUAUUCUAUUUAUGUGUAGUAGUACUUUAUUUACCUAUGUUACAUGUGGCACUUGGGUAAUCAAAGUGACCGUGUCCACUACAAUUGAAUUUAACCUGUACAUACUGUAUUUAGAUACUGUAAGGUGUGUGUGUCAUUUAACACAACUGAAUGGAAUAGGUUUUUACAAGCCCUUCACUUACAUGGCACUGCCAGCCAAGGACCACAAUGCACUGUUUAAAGUAUUGGAGGCCUGCCCCCCCCUCCCCCCCACUUCACUGUGGAGAACUGGGGGGUGACAGUCACACAUUUCUACUGUGGUCCAAUGUGCUGCAUCUGUGAGGGUUUAUGUGGCCUGGCUUGUUGAGCAGCAGUAGUGAGAGGUUUGGUAUACACUGAUGUGACUAUGCUGCAAUUAGAAGGUUCUCCACUAUUCCCGUUAAGUGUCCUUCAUUCCAUUCCACUUUGGUAGGGUUUUCUGGUAAUCAACCAACAAUCUGGUAAUUAACCAUAAUUCUACUCAUACAGAUGUACAGGCUUGUUUGACAUUUUAUACAGUAUAUGACACACAGGGCCGCCUCUAGCCUUUUGGGGGCCCCAAGCUAAAUUUAUUUGGGGCCCCCUCCCCUAGCGGUCCAGGGCCCUAUGCGACCGCUUAAGUUGCUUAUGCCUAGAACCUGCCUUGAUGACACAUGAAGUACAAGACUGUUUCAUAUCAUGGACCUUGCUUUUGACCAAAGGUAACAAUACAUUUGUUACAUCCGCACAUUUUUAAACAGUGACUUUGAAAUAUACACCCACGUUACAAUCUAGGUAGCAGUUGUGUAUAUUUCCAAUCCAAAGCUGAAAGUGUGGGACCAAAGAAACUCCACCAGCUGGUCACCUGGCCUAUAGUUUUAAAAGCUUACACGCUAAAUAUUGUUCUUCAUGGAAAAACUGCCCCCAUACAUUUCUCCAGUGUGUGGAAGUACUGUGUGUCUGUUAAAAAAAAAAAGCACAAUUCCAGUGUUUAGAAAUGUUACAUUUCCAGCACCGACAGCAAUUUCUGUGUGGUUUCAAGUUGCCUGUUGAGUGUAGACAAUGGACCUGGGGAUUGGAGACUGGGCACAGGGAGGUUGAAGGAGUGACAUCAGCUACAUUUGUUGCUUUCUUGUUAUUUUUCAGCUUGGUGCUGAGGCUUAUUUGAAUGGUCGUUUGUGUAAAAUACACAUUUUCAAUUACAACAUUUUCAAAAGGCCAUUGUCAAACUUAAUGGCAGAACAUCAAAUGUUCUCUCGUGCUGUAACUGACAAUCAUAAAGACAUUUCCAAGUCCCUAUUAUUCAAUAAUGUAUCAGCCCACACCUGAAGCUUCACAAUAUCUAUUGAAUACUUCAAUAAAGGAAAGGCAAUUUCCCUUCCAAUCUGUAUGGAUAGUAUACAUGUUACUCCGAAACUCUUUGUCCCACCCCAGUGCCAGUCCUUGGGUCUUGCUUCAGAUGUUAACCCUAAAUAAUUUGGCCCUCAGUGUUCUGAGCCGUUAGCACAAGAUGAUGACCUGUAACCAUUGGUUACAACCUCACCCCCAGGCUAUUCAGAUUCAGAAUUGGCCUUGGUGGGCAGGGCUUUCUGCAUUAAGCAGUCUGUGGUUAUCAGACGAUUUCACAAGUACUCAAAAUGUAUGCAAGUCUCAAAGUGAGCUGUGCCUCCUCCAGACUUGGCUUAUCAACGUUGAUGGAAAAGAUUCUCAUUGAACUUUGUAUUAACAUUUGUGGUCACUGAAGUGCAGAUAGUUUACCAGUGCAUCUGGUAAAAAUGAAUGUUAUUGGGGGGGGGGGG